UAUCUACCUAAUUAGUACAAUUAGAUAAAUGGAUUAAAAAAUAUAAUCCAUGGCCCAGGAUCCAAUGAAGGAUUACAUGUUGCAUUUAGUUGUCAUGUCUGUUUAUUAUCCUGAAAUCUGGAACCUCAGAUUUCCUCAUCUUUCCUUUUUUUUCAUGACCCUCUUAUUUUUUGAAGAACGCAGGCCAGUUAAUCUGUAUAAUGCCUUUCAUGUCUGGAUUUGUCUGAUGUUUCCUUAUGAUUAUAUUAAGCUUAUGCAUUUAAGUCAGCAAUAUUGCAGAAGUGAAGCUGUGUUUUCCUCAUUGUGCCAUAUCAAUAAGCAUACGUCAUCAAUUUGUCCCAUUAUUGGUGAUAGUGACUUUUAUCACUUGUUUAAGUGGUAUUUGCCAAGUUUCUCCAUUGUGAAGUUUCUAGUUCUCUCUUUGUAAUUAGUAAGUAUUUUGAAGGGAGAUAUUUUGAGAUUAUGUAAUUAUCCUGUUCCUCAAUAAUUCUUUACCCAUUCACUUCAGCAUCCACUGAAGGUUAUUACCUUAAUAUGUUCUUACUCUGCUGAAUGCCAAAUUGUGAUUUUCUAAUUUCACCAUUCUUUCUACAUUUUAUUUGACUUCUGUUGGAAGUAAUAGCUCCCCGCUCUUAUUUAUUUAUUUAUUUAUUUAUUUAUUUAUUUACUUAUUUACUUAUAUACAAACACAUACACUCAUAGAAUCCUACUUAUUUAAUGGGUUGAUAAACCACUGCUAUAAUUGUUUAUUUUGAUGUUCAAUUUGCUAUAUAUAUAAUAAUCCCCCUUUAUCCAUGCUUUAGCUUUCUGCUGUUUCAGUUACCUGUGGUCAACUACUGUCUAAGCAGAUGAUCCUCCUUUUGAUGUAUGCCAGAAGGUUAAUAGUAACCUAAGGCUUCAUCUUAUCACAUAGACAUUUUAUCUUCUCACACCAUCACAAGAAGUGUGACUACAUCACAAUAAGAUAUUUUGAGAGAGAGAGAGAGAGCCCACAUUUACUUAACUUAUAUUACAGUAUAUUGUUAUAAUUACUCUAUUUGCGUUAUUAUCGUUGUUAAUCUCUCACUGUGCCUAACUUAUAAAUUGAACUUUAUCAUAGGUAUGCAUGUAUAGGAAAAAAACAUAGUAUAUAUAAGUUCUGUACUAUCUACAGCUUCAGCAUCCAUUGAGGACUUUAGAAUGUAUUCCCAUAGAUAAGGGGGGACAAUUCUAUUUGGCAAAUGAGAUCUCCCUUUCCCAAAGCUGAAUCCUAUGACAUCCCCCCAUCAUUUUUUUCAGCUCUUCCUUCCUUUCUGACACAAGAUCUCUAGGUUCGUGUUGUUCUUUUAUUUCCCCCAAGGAGUUCUCAUUCUAUAUAGUGGAAAAUGCUAUAUAGAAACCAAAAUCUGAGCACUAGGUCUAUUUGAUGCUUCUGGGAUGCAAUGGCUUUUAGGCUUUCUCAUCAGGCAGAGGAAAUAUACAUCCAUCUGUCUGUCUGUCUGUCUAUCUAUCUAUCUAUCUAUCCACCCAUCCAUCUAAUCAUCCAUAUAUGCUUACAUGCAAACAUUUAUAUCUAUUUCUAGAUCUACAUCUAUACAUUAAAUACUAUGCAUUCAAAGUGAUAACUCCAAUUACAAUUCAAUACUACAGGGUUGAUUUUGGCAUUUGGCUUUUCCAUAUUUGGAACUCCUUUUCCUAAUAGUGAAGAUUCUGGUUCCUAUUAUUUUCAAUUUAUUUACUUAUUUGCUUAUUCCUUCUGUAUGUAAUCAAACUAUUGACCCAGUUGGUUUGCUUUCUCUGCUCUGCCCACUUCCAACAGCCUCAACAGUCUCCUUGACCUUAUAGAUUUCAUUGGCCUUGGUUGCUUGAAGGCAAAGAAAGUGAAAGGAAUCAAUAAAUAUUUUUUUAAAGAGUGGAAGGGGGAAGAGACUUUUAAAAAAUGGUGUUUAAAAAAAAUCAAUUCUGUCCUUUUAAAAUAUUACUCAUCAUUGAAUGAGUUAGGUUUUCUUGGACUCGUCAUUUGUAAGAGGUUCCUUUUGGGAGAAGAAGACAAAGUAGGGUUUUAGGGUAGCUAGUUUUCAUAAAGCAAAGGCUUUCUCUUUUUCUGUUACAGAGUCAUGCUGUUUCCUGCAAAUAUGACAUUUCUGUAUAAUUCUAUUUAUAGUCCUACCUCUUCUAAGGAAGAAAGAUGUGUCAACUGCAUGUAGUCCUUGCACCAAGAAUCAUAAACUUGGAAUAUUACUUUUGACCUCAAGAUGUACCCUAAUUUUCAGGACGUAUAUUUUUGUUGAUGCUUUUUGAGAUCUAUUUUCACUGAUUCCCUGCUCUUGAGAUUUCUCCCUACAGAUACUUGUUUCCACUGCCUCCUUGUUGUUUCCAAUGAAUGUCCUCUUCUUUUGUCAGUGUUUGAUAUAAAGUGGAGUCUGGGAGUUAUACAUGUUUCCAAGUUCCCCCAAAAUGGUUUGUGAACUGAUAAAGGCUUCUUGUAGCUUUUGAAUAAUUCCCCUGAGAAGGGGGAAAUUCUCCUUUAUGCAGACCUGUGUACAGUUGUGACAUGUUGGGUUCCCCAGGAAGAAGACUCUGAGGUGAAGUUUAGUAUGAGGAUAUUUAUUAAGCAGUGCCCUUGGGAUCAAUACCUGCAACAGAGAUGGGGAGGAAGUAGGAAUGGGCAGGGGAAGAAGUUAUGCUGUGAAGAGGGCCUACCUGCGACCCUAGCUGACUUCAUGGGGAAGCUCUGGAGUCACAAUGACCCUUUAGAGUUGAGUGGGGCCUUUAUGCUGUGGCAUCAAUCAGUUGUUUAUGUAGGCCAUGAGAAGGGCUAUGGUGGCUUGAGGCAAGAGUGUACUUUCCCAGAGACUCAUGCAAAGGUGGACCACCAAAAAUAUCUACAAAUUAGACGGGGUCACGGGUAUACUGAAAGGCACUUGAUCAAGAGAAAUCUGGGGGAAGCUGGAAACCAUCAAGUUAUUGAGGCCACACAGGGCAGAAAAGAUAGAAGGCCUGCCAAAUCUCCAAACAACAUCUCUGCUUGCCACUGGUGCUUAUAGGCUGGGAGAAAGAUCAACAAUAUGAAUUUUUGUCAGUACAGCAGGUUCUCAAAGGUAGUGGCCUCUCCUUCAUUCAGAGGGUUCUGGGUAUGUAAAGUAGGUUAAGAUGAGGAAUUGAUUGAGAGGUUGUGACUCUAUUUUAAUGAUUCAAGAGAGACUUCUGCUCACUAGUCCUAGAAUUCUUAGGUUUGUACAGAUCAAAUAAGUGUUAAAUUGCCCAUCUAUUUUCUAGAGACACCAUGAUCAAAUACCCAAUGCCAUCAGUUUCUGUUUGCAAGUCAGGCUAUUCUAAUUAUUGUUUUGGUUCUGCUGUCCAUUAUGGUAACCACAUCUGCUUUGUCUUUGGUGAUUAAGUGCUGCCACUUGGCCCUGGCAUCCAAUUUUCCUCAUUGUAUUUAGGGAUGCCAGUUUAAUGGCAGCAAUUCCCACUGUAAUUUCUGACCUACAAAGAGUGACCACAGAUUUAUUCAAGGAACCUGGGGAUUCCCUCACAAAUCUAUUUCUCACAUCAUAAUGACAGUUGUGUCCUUUUCACCCUGCUGGGGUAGGUAAGCAUGUAUACAUAAUAAGCCACUUUAACAUUUAUUCAUUUCUUCUAUACCAAGGCAGUCAGUUCUGGCUUUUUGAUUUCAUUUAAUGUUGGUCCAUGUUUUAACCAAACACGCGAAUUGUUAGACCUUUUUCUAACCCUUGAACUAAAACAUUGAAUCCAGAAUAUCUGCUUAGUGAUCUCAUAGCAAUAAAUUCAUUCUUCAGACAAGGGGUGGGGAUCUGCCUCAAGGUGAUCUGGGGACCCCCACCAUUGAGUUUCCUGGGCGGUUGAGUUGUAAAAUCUUUGGCCUGGGCACAUUUGGCUUCCAACAAAAUGAACUUUUUUCCCCACCAGGCAAGGCAGUUUUUCCCAAUAAUUGAGGUCUUGAGCCAAACCCCAGUAGGAGGACUGGGGCAUUCUGUUCCAUUAAAAGGUUUGUGGGGACCUAAUUCUUUAGCCUUCCAUGGCCACUGAUCUCCUCAUGUUGGUUCCCCCACAUGCAUAGCAAGAAGAGAUCUUUAGAGGCUGGGCUAUAGUCUCCGUCAGGGCUAGAAACAAGUUCCUUGAAGUGACUGAAAUGAGAGGGGGCUACUUCUUAUUUCUUUGUAGAAGGAGUGGAAGACUUGAUGGGAUGUGGUUGGAUGGGCAGUAGUGACUUUUCUUGACAUAUAGCACAGUCCCUGGGUCUCUGCCUCGCCCAUGGAUCCAGAUGCCAAUUCGGUUGCCCCAUUGCCAUUUAGAAUCUCCUGGGUUAAUGAUGGUAAAAUUAACAGGGUUACAGGCCUUUUAUUGACAACCUUACUUAGCAGCCCCCUUCUGAAGGAGUACUGCUGUGCUUUCUUUUUUCCAACUAGUAGCCCAUGAAACAUAGCUCCAGCUGGGUCAUAAAAACUCAGAUGUAUAGACACAUAAAAUGUUUUCCUCACACAUGUAUUUGUCACUGAGUCAGUAUUCCUGCUCCUAAUCUAAGCUGCUGCAUAGUAUAUCAAGAGUCCUUGGGCCCUCUAUGACAAGUGCCUGCUUUUUUCAUAUGACAGAUGCCUCUGGGCCAAUACCUAUAACUGCACAUUCAUCAAACAGCAUUGACACCAGUCAUUUUGGGUUAGUAAUUUGUGUCUGGCUGACCAAGCUCCCCCCACUACCCUUGGUAGGAUCAGACUUCUAACCCGUCUUACUGGGGGAGUGUUGUGGGUCAAAGCAAGUGUAUUGACUCUGCUGUUGGCAAAUAGAAUAGGUGGUAUUAUUGUGUCUGCAGGUCCCCAGGACUUUUCCUUGGCAUGAGAAGUAGGUAUAGUAUAGUAAGGCCCAAGUGACUCCCUGGCCUAACCUGGUUAUGUGAAUACAUGGGUCACAUGAUAAGGAAUCUAGGUAUACAGAAAAAUUUUUUUAUGUUUAUUUAUUUCUUGAGAGAGAGAGAGAGAGAGAGAGA